UCUUCGUGUACAUUUCGUCAUUUUCCGUUCGAAUUCGAGCCCUGUCGAUAGAACUGAUUUUCGUCGUCUCCCUCGUUCUCCGUGUUGUUGUUCAUCUCGGUGACGCGACAGAGGUGUAGCCUGACGCGGUCUCUUACGUGUCGGUCUGAAUAAAAGUGGAGCUCGGAGGACCCGGGAGUGACGAAGCGAGUCUGUGUCGGGCUCUCCAGAGUUCUCCACCCGCCAAUCCAGCCAACUAAAUGACCAUGGAAGCGGGAGCCGAUACACAGCAGGGUGGUGACACAGCUGUUUCUGAGUCUGAGGCCCAGCAGAUCACACUGGCCCAGGUGUCUAUGGCAGCAGGACAGGUCUCCUCCAGCGGCUCCACAGUCACCUUGGUGCAGCUACCCAACGGUCAGACGGUUCAGGUCCACGGGGUCAUCCAGGCCGCCCAGCCCUCGGUCAUCCAGUCGCCUCAAGUGCAGACUGUUCAGAUUUCAACAGUUGCAGAGGAUUCCCAGGACUCCCAGGAGUCGGUGGACAGUGUGACAGACUCUCAGAAGAGGAGGGAGAUUCUGUCCAGACGUCCUUCCUACAGGAAGAUCCUGAACGACCUGUCAUCUGACGUGUCUGCGGUCCCGCCGAUCGAGGAGGAGAAAUCGGAGGACGACUCGACCCCCGCCAUCACCACCGUUGCCAUGCCCACAUCAUGCCCCAUCUAUCAGACGGCCAGCGGCCAGUACAUUGCCAUCACCCAGGGCGGUGCCAUCCAACUGGCCAAUAACGGUACGGAUGGCAUGCAGGGGAUGCAGACCCUGACCAUGACCAACGCGGCAGGCACCCAGCAGGGCACCACCAUCCUGCAGUAUGCUCAGACCUCCGAUGGACAGCAAAUCCUGGUGCCCAGCAACCAGGUGGUAAUGCAAGCUGCCUCUGGAGAAGUGCAGACCUACCAGAUCCGUACGGCCAACACCAGCAGCAUGACUCCUGGGAUGGUGAUGGCCUCCUCUCCCGCCCUGUCCGGCCAGGAAGGCCCAGAGGUUGUAGUCACCCGUAAGAGGGAGGUCAGACUGAUGAAGAACAGGGAGGCGGCCCGGGAGUGUCGCCGGAAGAAGAAGGAGUACGUCAAGUGUCUGGAGAACCGUGUGGCCGUUCUGGAGAACCAAAACAAAACCCUUAUCGAGGAACUGAAGUCACUUAAAGACUUGUACUGCCACAAAUCAGAGUAGUGUCCCCCCCCCCACCCUCAUGUACAGAGACUCACCACAGAGCCAUGCAUCUGGCACCACCCUCCCCCAUUUCUAUAUUUUUCUUUUUAAAAAGCUCUACCAGUCUAUAAGACCUACAGAAAGAGGAAAAAGAACAAGGAAAACCUCACACAAUUUCUCCACUUUUUCACAAGUACCCCUUUAAAAGGAUGACAUGAGUACCCCUAAAAAGGAUGACAUGAGUACCCCUAAAAAGGAUGGCCUCAUAGGUACCCCUUAAAAGGAUGACAUGAGUACCUUCCAUCAUGAGUACCCUUAAAAGGAUAAGAUGGAGCACACACUGUUUCUCCACCAAUAGAAUGGAGCCCCUAGUGGAAUCUUUCAGUGGUAGGUAUCGUGUAUAUCCACGACACCACUGCUGCUAACUAACCAGUAGUCCCCAGUCUCAAGAUGUCAGAUACCAGGAAAACACCAGCCGUGGAGGACUAGGACCCCUCUGCCCACCAUGAACUACCCUAUACAACUAUUGAGUUUGGACCGUCACCUGGCUAGACACGUUGAAAAUGAUUUUUGAGUGCUACACUAUUCAGUAUUUAGGCUGAUGAUUGCUUUAACUCUUCUGUUACUAACACUUUGUGGACUGUAGAUCCCAACCACUGUCAGAUGAAAUGUAUUAUCUUUGAGCUUGAGUUGGGUUAUCAUGUAUUGAAUUUUUCUGCUUGCAAACUUUUGUUAUUCAGCAUUGCUAAGUCGGGAAAACACAUCUAUCUGGUGGCUGUUUUGGGGAGGGGUAGGAGAUGGAUUGUGGGUGGAUUGUCUGCAUCAACUAACAGGCAUUAAAAGUUAACCUCAGCGGUAUGACGUAGAUGCAGAAUGUAAACAGCAUAGUGGGUCAAUUUCCACAACAAAGAGCGUUGAAGCGAGAGGCUCAACUUCUCUGCUGUUUUGGUGCCGUGGCAACCACUACAACGUGAAGCGAACCUGUGCACAUGCGCAGAUACUGUGUGAGAGCAAAGUGUUGCAUCUCGCUCAUCUCAAUAUCUCCGGUGCAAAGUCAUUUCGCUGAGUACCUUUUUAAAGAGUUGUGCUAAUGUCAACUGAGCUACCACACAGCUGACAGGAGGAGUUGUGAAAUAUGACUAAAGGGUAGACUAUGGGUGUAUAGUGUGCUUUUAGGCAUUCAUGUAAUGUAUACAAUGUCUGAGGCAGUGUGUGUGUGUGUUUGAGUCUCCUUGUUUGUUUCUCCAUGGCCUGAACAGGCGUAAGGCAUAAUCAUAUUGGAGGAUAUCCUAACUUCCACUUAACUUAAUCAUCAUGCAUUGACGGCAAUGGGAUUAUAGAGUGAAAGUUAGGAUUAGCCCCACAAUCACACUUUUUCAUCUGUUGUGCCUCAAACACUUCUGAUAGGACAAGGGAAGAAGCAUUUUCUAUCAUGUAGUUAAAAGGGAUAGUUUGCUUGGAUCUGCAGUGAUGUCGUAGACUUCGAUUUCUGGGAUCCAUCGCUGACAUUUAGACUGACAACUCAGUCAACAAACGUGGGAUUACACCAGAGAUGCGUUCAGCAGCUCACAACAAUGUGGAACAGAUAAAAAUGUUCAGCUAGAACUGUUUUGUAGAACAGACAUGCCUUUCUGACAUGUAAAAUAAGGAUUCAUGUCAGCUCUAUUCACUAUAUUUCUAUCUGCAAUGUUCCAUAACAUUUGCUCACUGAACCCGGUCUUCUGUUUGAUUGGAUAACGGAAUGCCAUAUUGUAUUAUUUUGUUUUUACGUAGCCAUCUGUCAUAAAUAACAUAUAUGCAUCUUAUUUUUAAAACACUUGCCAUUUCUGUUCAUAUUUUGUAAACAUUGUAUUUCUUAAUGUCAGCAUUCACUUGUAUGAAAAAAGCAAAACAAUUAUAUUACAGAUUCUACUAUUUGUUUUUGGCAGCUGUUAAUAAAUGUGUUUCUGGUA